CCACGUGUCGCCUCCAGCUCACCGCGCAGCGCCUGGAAGGGUGACGGUGAGGGCGGACUGGACAUCAUGAAAUCCGCAAGCUCAGCAUUUCCCCCCUCCAACUCCGCGUGACUGGGAAUCUAUUCUCCAUCCUCCUGCCCUUCCCCUUGGCGCCUGAAAGACACACCACACCUCGCUCUACCGCUCUCAUUCUUCAUUCUUCAUUCUUCUUUCAGGUGGAGCCUGAAAGACAUUCUCCGUUGAACCCCGGCCAGCCAAAACCACCUGAUCUCACAUUUCUUUCUCCCUUGUUCCUCUACUUGGGAGCAGUCCGUGUGAUCAUUUCUCGCUUUCUUGGAAUUUCUUCCACAUUCGCCAAGAAGAAUGGCUCAAGCGACUUCCGUCGCGAGGGUGAACGUUGCCUGCGCCGCGCCAGCGAGCUCCGGCGCUGCUGCCAGGCCGCAGCGACAAGAGGCGUCGCUCGUGGCGUCAUGGAGGAAGGCGCGCGUCGCUAGACCGGUGGUGCUCAGUGCCAGCGCGCAGGUGCAGGCCGCUCCUCGCGUGUCUGCACGCUCCGUAGCGGUCAAGGCAUCAGCCGCCUCCGCCGACAAUGCGGGAACCAAUUACCACUUCCUGGUGGCGAACGCGACGUUUAUGCUGGACGAGGAGGAGCACUUCCAGGAGCAGCUAAAGGAGCGGCUACGGUGGCUGGAGGAGAAGGGCAUGGAGCAGAACUUCUGGCUCGUCUUCGAACCCAAGUUCCUCGACGAGUUCCCCGAGGUCGCCAAGCGCGUCAAGAGACCCGCCGUCGCGCUCGUCUCCACCGACGCCACCUGGAUCACGUUCAUGAAGCUGCGUCUGGACCGCGUGCUCAAGGGCGAGUUCGAGGCGAGCUCGGAUGACGACGCGACGGAGGGCAAGCCGUUCGACAUCUCGUUCCCCAAGCCCGCCAACUGGGUUGCGCCGUACCCCAAGUACCAGCCCGACUGGUGGAAGCCCUAUGCCCCGGCCAAGUACGCCAAGGCCAAGUAGACGGGCUGGGUUAGGGGUGUGGAGGGGCGUGGAGGGGUGCGGAGUGGGUCUUACCUAGUAAUGUGCUGCUAUGAGUGACUUGUUGUCAGGCUUGACAAAUUUUGCUGCUAUGAGUUUUUCAUACACGGUAGUCAAUCAAGGAGACGUGCUGUGCUGUGUAACGCACCUGCAAUAACAGCCUCAAUUUGGCUGAGGGCCU